AUGUCUAACCCAAAAGCCUUCCCCUUAGCUGACUCUGCAUUGACCCAGCAGAUCUUGGACGUUGUUUCUCAAGCCCAGAACUUGAGACAGCUCAAGAAAGGUGCCAACGAGGCCACUAAGACAUUGAACAGAGGUAUUUCCGAGUUCAUCAUCAUGGCUGCCGACACCGAGCCAAUUGAGAUUUUGUUGCACUUGCCUUUGUUGUGUGAGGACAAAAACGUUCCUUACGUGUUUGUUCCUUCCAAGACCGCCUUGGGCAGAGCUUGUGGUGUGUCGAGAGCUGUUAUUGCCGCUUCGGUCACCUCCAAUGACGCCUCCUCUAUCAAGAACCAGAUCUACGGCAUCAAGGACAAGAUCGAGACUUUGUUAAUUUAG